CUCCUCUAAAGCCUGGAGGAGCAUUCAAGAUACGUGAUUGUAACACUUGAGAGCACAGCCAUCCCCCAGCAUAAUAACGCUGCUGCUGCUGCGGAUUCUCCGGGGAGCUCACAGAGAGACACGGCGGUGCUUGUGUCAGCAUGCCGGCAGAUAAACCUCCUCUCCGGACCUCUUUGACUGCUUUAAAGUGAGAGGAGGCUCCUUCUGGAGGAGGAAGAGUAAACCAGGGGAGGAGGAGGAGAUGACAUGCCCUUCACUGCCUUGCGCAGUCUGUGCGCUGCUCGCUGUCAGACAGAGACGAGGUAAAACCCGUUUAGAUUACUCAGUUUAACGCUAAGGAGAGCUGACUCUGGUUCCUUUUGUUCAGGGGAGUUUUAAGCGGGAAAUAACAACACUUAAUGCCCGAUCUUAGUGUCGGAGAGACGGGGAAAUGCAGCACAGGCGGUGUUUGGCUGCAGGUGGAUGGCCAACCUGACGGUCCCAGCCGCCGCUUCCCUCCCAUUCAGCUGCUGCUGCAGCUGCAGCAGCUCUGGCUUCAUCCGGAUCUCUAAGAACAAACACACAGAGCCAAAUCAGACUAUUUAACCCAAGCCAUGCUGCCUGGUGUCGGCGUGUUCGGCACCAGCCUGACGGCCCGGGUGAUCAUCCCGCUGCUGAAGAAUGAGGGCUUCUCCGUCAAAGCGCUGUGGGGCCGGACUCAGGAGGAGGCGGAGGAGCUGGCCAAGGAGAUGAAUGUGCCGUUUUACACCAACCGGAUCGACGACGUGCUACUGCAUCAGGAUGUGGAUCUGGUCUGCAUCAACCUGCCGCCUCCUCUGACGCGCCAGAUCGCGGUCAAAACACUGGGUAUUGGAAAGAACGUCAUCUGUGACCGGACAGCAACACCUCUGGAUGCCUUCAGAAUGAUGUCAGCAGCCCAGUACUACCCUAAGCUGCUGAGCAUUAUGGGAAAUGUGCUGCGUUUCUUGCCAGCUUUUGUUAGAAUGAAGGAGUUGUUGGAGGAAGGGUACAUCGGUGAGCUUCUGGUCUGUGAGGCCCAGGUCCAUAGUGGAAGCCUCCUGGGGAAGAAAUACAACUGGAGCUGUGACGACCUGAUGGGAGGCGGUGGUCUGCACUCAGUGGGCAGCUACAUCAUCGACCUGCUUACCUUUCUGACUGGUCAGCGUGCAGCUAAAGUCCACGGCUUCCUCAAGACCUUUGUCAAACAAACAGAUCACAUCCGAGGCAUUCGGCAGAUCACAAGCGACGACUUCUGCACGUUCCAGAUGGUGCUGGAAGGAGGUGCCUGCUGCACAGUUACACUUAACUUCAACGUGCCCGGAGAGUUUCGACAGGAGGUGAUCGUUGUGGGGACGGUUGGACGGUUAACAGUCAUGGGGACGGACCUUUACGGACAGAAGAACAGUGGGGGUGGAGGGAGUGGUGGAGGUCCUGAACUUCUGCUUAAAGACACCACGCCUCUGGAGAAGGCCUCCCUACCAGAGAAAGCCUUCAGUGACAUUCCCUCUCCGUAUCUAACCGGGACAAUUCGCAUGAUCCAGGCUGUUCGUCAGGCCUUCCAGGACCAGGACGACAGGCGCACGUGGGACGGGAGGCCUCUGACUAUGGCUGCUACCUUUGAGGAUUGUCUUUAUGCUCUUUGCGUGGUGGAUACCAUCAAGAAAUCGAACCAGUGUGGAGAGUGGCAGAACAUUGUGGUGAUGACAGAAGAACCUGAGGUCAGCCCAGCUUAUUUAAUCAGCGAGGCCAUGCGGCGGAGUCGGAUGUCGCUUUACUGUUAACAUCUAGCUGACCUCACUGACAGCCUGUGCUACUUUUUAAACUGGGGGUUUGCAUUAUAAAGGCUGCUUUGUUUUUGGUUAUUUAUUCAUCAGCUACCUGGUUUAGCUCUUAAACUCAUCACUGUUUCUAUUUAGGACUAUCAAAGCUGUGUUGUUGCUGUUACAGACUGAGAGGUUAUGCCACUAUCUUCUUGAAAACCCUGCCUGCAGUGGAAAAAAAGCAAUGUGAUCAAUAAUUAAACCUUUAUUUAUAAGGAAGCCUUUCUUAAAGACUUGAAUCAUUCAUGUAAAUCAAACAGACUCCUCCAAAAACUAAAGAUUUAGACAUACAGUACAGUGGAGGCAGAGGAGGGACUGGCGCUGAUUCUGCUGUUUUCUGCUCGACCAUGAUGGUAUUUCGCCUUUCACAUCUGCUUCUCUCUUAUAAGACUUGGUCUGGAAGUCGACACCUUACACUGUGGGUCCAAAUAGGACAGCCGAGGAAGAACGACAGUCCUCUCAGUUAAAACUGUGCCGCUGUAUUGUUGCUAUGAUCUGAAGUUCUUGUUAGUUUUAUCAAGUGAAUGUUAAAAGAAUAAGUGUGCUUGAUAAGCUCCAGUUUUGUCUGGUCAAUAUGCUUUCUCUGUGUGCGUGAAACGAGAGAGAAAAAAAUCAAUAGUUUGGCUUCAGUUUGGAUUUUCAGAAGGGUUCGCCUUCUGAUUUAUGUAUGCAAAAAUCCAGGCUUUUCUCCUCCAGUUUGGAGUAAAGGGGUAACAGAAAAUGGUAUGCCUUUAUGCAGUAACAGUAGCCUGUGCAAUGGUUUGCAAGUCCAGAAUCAGCUGCGAUGAUACUUGAUUGUUCUCUUAUUUAUUUGAUGCGUUUUAUACUGUAGUGAAGCACGGCUGAAAAGGAAAAAGAUUUUUGUAUUGUGUGCCCGUUUCUUUACUGAGCCUUAAGUGUGGAUAUUUAUAAGGAGUUGCAAUAAGUUGCAAUGAAAUGCUGAGCAGUGUAGAUGUUCUAUAUGUACUGUAUGUAUAUUUCAUUUCAAAGAGUCGCAUCUGCAACAGGACAGUGUGCUUUAGCGUCAAACAUGCUUUAUGAAGCUUCUUUAAGAUGCAAUUAAAAGCAGACUUCUCAAACACAGUUAAGACAAGUUAAGACUAGUUUAGAUAAACACAGUCAGACUUAGUAAGUGCUGCAAAUGAAUUGUGCUUCAUGGGAGUAGAGUAAUGCCUCUUUCAAUUCACCAUACUAAAGCCUGGCACACACUAAGAGAUAAUGAUGCCAAUUUCUGGCCUGAUUCCCUCAUUCCAACCAAAGGCCCAAUUAUUAGUCGGUUGUAAAAUUUAUCCCGACACAUUUUCCUGUGGUGUGUUAAGAGUAAUCUUUCUCUCUCUGAUCUGAUGCAGUUGCAAUAGCCAAUAUGGACGUCAGAAAUGGCAGAACAACUUGUUGAUUUUUGAGAACACAAGUGUCCUGUAAAACAUACCACAAUGUAAGAUUCAGUGGUAUUCAUUUUUUAUGCCAUCAAACCUAUCCAAAAUUUCCCGGGGUAUACAGUAUUACCACUUUAGAACCUGUCGACUACACCUCAGCACAAUCAGCAACAUUCGACCUACCUGAUCAACGCUUUUGUGCUGGGAUUUCCUCCUCAUCCGUCAGCGAGGGUCCCAAGGGCUUUGCCUCCCUGCCUUUAUAUUAUGCAGCUCAUCUAAUGGCUCAGUGUCAGGAGUCCUACCCUGCACAGACCCUUAUACUAUAUAGAUAUGUUGUCAUGUGACAUGCAAUAAAAAUCUUUUCGUGUAUGUCACAUGACGGCUGGUGUUGUUCUCUGUUCUCCUUGGUUUCACCAAAUCCAACACAUAGACCAAAGCCAAAACCACGGUGAUCCAUCUUUUUAUAUUGAUUGACCCUAAGCCCAGGAGUCUUAAAGAAGAUGUUCAUAUGCUCCUGUCAAUAUGUUUUAAUGACAAAGGGUCAGACAAUUUUGUUUGAUAUGAAGUCUGUCUCUCUUAUUACCCCUGUCCAAAUUAUCAGAUGAAGAGUUUUAGCCUAUUUCAGCUGAUUGUUUUGGUUUUAUGACCUUUGACUUUUGUUUUGCUUCACCCAACCAUCGGCUCCAGUCUUGUUUCAAACCACAGGAAGCUGCCUUUUUUUCUAGGACACAAAGAUCUCAUGUAUGGAAAGAAGGCUUCUGGACUGCUACAAAGAUGACUGCAAAAACUGUCAAGACAGUCUGGCCAAAGACCGUACAUCAUUGAUAGCCAGUCUCACAGACCAUUCAUCUGAGAUGCCAUUUAUUUUAUACUAAAUACACGCUAAAACUUUCAAAAUAAAAUCAGAUUAAACUUUCAUUCAAGGUAGGGUAAGGAUUAAGGUAAUGUUAGGGUACCAAUAGUUAAAAACCUGAUGACAAAAACUUAAAUAAAGCUGACUAAACAGUCUGCUCCAUGGAAACAUUCUACCACAGCAAGCGUGGCUUACAAAACUCCAUUAGCUGCACAAGCUAUGUAGCUUAUGUAGUUAUGUAUCUAAUGUAGCUAAAAAUAAGCUUACAAAGAAGCUACAUAAGCAAUGUAGAUAUGUUAUCUAUGUAGCAACACAUACUUGAGCUAUGUUUGCUGAAGCUCACAUUGCUCAAGCUAACGUAGCUUAAGAUAACAGAGCUUUGUAGCUAGGUUAGCUAACUUAACUAAAGCUAAGCUCACAAGGCAGCUAUGUAAGCUACAUAGACAUGUUAUCUAGGUAGUUACAUUAGUAUUAGCUAGGUUAGCUAAAGCUCAUGUUGCUAAAGUCAACUUAGCUAUAGAUAACAGUGCUAAGUAAUUAUCUUAGCUCUGUUAUCUUCAUAAGCUAUGUAGCUAAUGUAGCUAUGUAGUGAUAUAUCUAACGUAGCUAAAACCAAGCUUACAAAGCAGCUAUAUAAGUUAUGUAGAUAUGUUAUCUAUGUAGCUAGACAUACUUGAUCUAUGUUUGCUGCAGAUCACAUUGCUCAAGCUAAUGUACCUUUAGAUAAUAGAGCUAGUAGCUAGCUUAGCUAACUAGGUUUAAGCUAAGCUCACAAGAUAGCUAUGUAGACAGGUUAUUUAGGUAGUUACAUUAGCUUUAGCUAGGUUCGCUAAAGCUCAUGUUACUAAAGCCAACUCACUGUAGCUAUAGAUAACAGUGCUAUGUAGUUAUCCUAGCUCUGUUAUCUCCUCAAGCUGUGUAGCUAAUGUAGCUAUGUAGAUAACAGUGCUAUGUAGUUAUCAUAGCUCUGUUAUCUCCUUAAGCUGUGUAGCUAAUGUAGCUUGGUAGUUAUGUAUCUAACAUAGCUAAAACUAAGCUUACAAAGAAGCUACAUAAGCUAUGUAGACAAGUUAUCUAUGUAACUACAUACAUUUGAUCUAUGUUUGCUGCAGCUCACAUUGCUAAAGCUAGCAUAGCAUUAGAUAACAGAGUUAUUUAGCUAUCUUAGCUAACUUGGUUAAAGCUAAGCUCACAAGGCAGCUAUGUAAGCUAUGUAGACACGUUAUCUAGAUAAUUACAUUAGCUUUAGCAAGGUUCGCUAAAGCUCAUGUUGCUAAUGCUAACUUAGCUAUAGAUAACAGUGCUAAGUAGUUAUCAUAGCUACAUAUCUAUGUAGCUAAAGCUAAGCUCACAAAGCAGCUAUCUGAGCUAUGGAGAUAUGUUGUCUGUGUAGCUACAUAAGCUUCACCUGCAUUUGCCAAAGCUUAUGUUGCUAGAGCUAAUUUGGUUAUAGAUAACUGAGCCAUGUAGCUAUCAUAGCUAUGUAGCUAAUGUAGCUAAAGCUAAGCUCACAAAGCAGCUAUAUAAGUUACAUAGAUACGUUAUCUUCAUAGAUAUGUUAGCUUUAGUUAUGUUUGUUAAAGCUCAUGUUGCUAAAGUCAACUUAGCAACAUUGGUUUAUGUAUAGCCAGCGUACCCAUAUUAGCCUUAGCUAAAGCUUACAAAGCUAAGCGAGCCACCGUUUGUGUAACUUCUUCAUGUUCUGCAAUGUUGUUAUUUCAUUAAAAAGCUAAACUUGAAAUAUGUUGUACUGGCAAAUUACAGCCCCUCCUUUCUGAGAUAUACAGCAUCUCAGGAACAGUCUGUAAGAUUGGCCAUCAGAUGUACGGUCUGCUGCCAGACUCCUCUCAAAAUUGUGAGACACAAGUGGACAUUAUACAGUAUUUGUAUUUAGCAGCUAAAGGCAACAACAUUUGUUGUAAGGAUAUACAAGCUGGACCUAGCUCUAUCUUUAGACUGGAAGUUAAAAAUAAAUGCAGCCAUUGCUCCAGUUUGACUGGGUGUGCAUAUCAAUGACGAAUAAGAAGAGGAAAGUGAGAGAAAUUGGCAUAAGCAUCCCACUUUUAACCUUAGAUCUUAUUCAGUGUGAUUUCAUAAAUUUUAAUGCAUACAAAAUCACAGUGUUAAGAUAUAUUUUACCUGUAAUCCACCCGCUGUGUUUUAUUAGCUGUUUAAAAUCAUAGUAAAACUGAAACAAAACAUCAGAAAGUAUUUGCAAAUAAAGCUCGACUUUAAGUCUGCCGUCAGUAAACACAGAAGAAUGAACAGCACCGAUCUACAAGCCAAAAGAUUGAUUUUUUUAAUGCAUCUCUGUUCCCCUGUGUGGUUUCCAGUUCUUAAACUGUGCUGAAAUACUAUCUAUGUAACAACUACUGAAAAUGUACAUAUGAAAAUAUUAUAAAAACAAUGAUAUGCGUUUGUCUAAAGAAAUAAACAAGUACUGUAUGCUUUUUAUUUGUACAAACCAAGAAAGUGGGACAUGUUCCGAUGAGUGUUAAUGUAUUUAUUCCUUUUUGUGUUUGCCUGUUGAAGUUUUGUGGACUUAGCUGCCAUGUGUU